GUGGGGUGGGAGAGAGGAGGGUCCCUUGGCACCCCUUUCUUGAGGCUCCCCUGGCCCAGACUCAGAGCCGGGCAGCACUGGCAGUUGCUGUCCCACAGCAGCUUGGAGACCUGCUGGGGAGACACACACAGAAGCAGCAGACAGAGGGCCGGGGGAGUUUCCCAGAACAGCCCCCGGGAACUGUAGAAGCCCAGAGGAGGCAUGUCCUCGGGAGGGUGGUGUGUCCAAGUCUUGAAGGAUGGGGAGGGAGGCUCCGAGGACCCCGGGACUCCAGGGAGGAUGAUGAUGAGCUCCCUCGGUUGUCCUCGGUGCUGCCCAAGGCUGGGGGUCAGCCACGGCCCUGCCCUCUGGGUGGAGACAGACUGAAUUUGCGGGCACUUGCUUUCUGAGUGCUUGGCAGGUGUCUGGGCCUGGGCCUGCACCUAGUACUCACUGUUCCGAGCUCUCAGGGGGUUGGCUACCCUGGAGUCGCGGUGAGGGGUCGAGCCCCAGGCCCCACAGCCACAUGGGAGCACCAGUCUGUGCGUGAUUCCGGGGCUUUCCCUUCGCCUUCGUGCCACCACCUCUUGGCCAGGGUUGGGUCUGGGGAGAUAAAGGUACUGUGAAGGCCUCUUAGGUACCUGUCGUCGAGGUGGGGAUUCUGGUCUUCCUCUGCCACAGGUGUGUGGUCACGGUUCAGGGUAUGCGAGACCCAGCUUUUCGUGUCAGGUGUGUGACUCAGACGCUAAUAGCGGCUUUGUUGCAGUGGCACAGAGAGCUGUCGCCUCAGGACCACUGAGCAGCCGGCCACCCCGAGCCUGGGCGGGUGGCCCAGGACCUUGGGCUGCUCUUCCGGGCUGCCUGGGGAAGUUAAGGAAGCCAGGGCUGGAGGAGUCUGUGCGCCUCGACUUCAUGGCUUUGUGACGAUGGGUCAGCCACAGAACUUGCGUGAACCCCAGUUUUAAGAGUCCUCGUCAGGGGUCACGAGGCACGUACUGGGUGUCUGGCUUCUUGUUGAGCUCUUUACUCCCAUCGUCUGCUUUGAUCUUGAUGCAGGACUCACGAGGGUGAGGAGGCCCGCAAGCUGAAGCACCUUGUUCAGGGUCACGUGGCUGGUGGGUGGUGGGGCUGAUUCUGACUCUGGCAGCCUGCCCAGAGACACUGUCCUCUGCUCUGCUGGUGGUUGUGGGGAUUAGGAUUAUGAACCCACAGCACCCUGCGCCUGGGGUCUGAGAUGUAGUGUGCUUGCCGGGAGUGGUGACUCGGACUUCUGGAGUUUGCCGCCGGCCGGGGCCCCUGGGAGGGCCCGAAAGGAUUGGAGGCCGGGGUGCUCGGUGCCCCUGAGGGUGGUGGCCAGUCCAGACAGGAGGUGGACGGAAGCGGCCGAGCCAUGAGGGACCCACCAUGGAGCUGCGGGAAGAGGCCUGGUCUCCGGGGCCGCUGGACUCCGAGGACCAGCAGAUGGCCAGUCAUGAGAACCCAGUGGACAUCCUCAUCAUGGAUGACGAUGACGUCCCCAGCUGGCCCCCCACCAAGCUGUCCCCGCCCCAGUCAGCGCCCCCCGCCGGCCCCCCACCCCGGCCGCGGCCCCCGGCCCCCUAUAUCUGCAACGAGUGCGGCAAGAGCUUUAGCCACUGGUCCAAGCUGACGCGGCACCAGCGCACGCACACGGGCGAGCGGCCCAACGCCUGCGCCGACUGCGGCAAGACCUUCUCGCAGAGUUCGCACCUGGUGCAGCACCGGCGCAUCCACACGGGCGAGAAGCCCUACGCCUGCUCCGAGUGCGGCAAGCGCUUCAGCUGGAGCUCCAACCUCAUGCAGCACCAGCGCAUCCACACGGGCGAGAAGCCCUACGCCUGCCCCGACUGCGGCCGCAGCUUCACGCAGAGCAAGAGCCUGGCCAAGCACCGGCGCUCGCACAGCGGCCUCAAGCCCUUCGUGUGCCCGCGCUGCGGCCGCGGCUUCAGCCAGCCCAAGAGCCUGGCGCGCCACCUGCGGCUGCACCCGGAGCUGUCGGGGCCCGGCGUGGCGGCCAAGGUGCUGGCGGCCAGCGUGCGCCGGGCCAAGGCGCCCGAGGAGGCGGCGGCGGCGGACGGCGAGAUCGCCAUCCCGGUGGGCGACGGCGAGGGCAUCAUCGUGGUGGGCGCGCCCGGCGAGGGGGCCGCGGCGGCCGCGGCCAUGGCGAGCGCGGGCGCCAAGGCGCCGGGGCCCCGCCCGCGGCGCGCCCCGGCGCCCAAGCCCUACGUGUGCGUGGAGUGCGGGAAGGGCUUCGGGCACGGGGCGGGGCUCCUGGCCCACCAGCGCGCCCAGCACGGGGACGGGCUCGGGGCGGCGGGGGCCGAGGAGCCCGCGCACAUCUGCGUGGAGUGCGGCGAGGGCUUCGUGCAGGGCGCGGCGCUGCGGAGACACAAGAAGGUGCACGCCGUGGGCGCGCCGUCCGUCUGCAGCCGUUGCGGACAGAGCUACUACCGGGCGGGCGGGGACGGCGACGGCGACGGCGACCGCGAGGCGGCGGGGGGGCGCUGCGGCGAGUGCCGCGAAGCGGAGGGCCGGUAGGGGCGGGGGCCCGGGGGGGCGGGGCGGGGCCCCUCGGGCUUGGCGGGGACUGCGGCCCGGGACCCGGAGACCAGGGCCGAAGGGCGCGGCGGGCGGCGGCGGCCUGCUGGGCUCGCUCCGCGGUGCGACGGGCGCCCCCGGCCUGGCCCGCCCUUCCGGUUCUCGGCGACCCCGGGACAGACCGCGCGUGAGAACUGGACACCGGCCCCGGGCCCCUCUUGACCUUCCCCCGCCGCCUGGGGCGCUCGCGAGGGGUGGAGAGCCCCGGGCGCCUCGCGCGCAGGGGAGCCUGGGGGAGGGAAGGGCGAGAGGGUCCUUUCCCCUUAGAGUUUUCGUUUAAUCACACCGCCCCCCGACUCUUCCCUUCCAUUAUUUUUUCUCUUCUUCCCCGCGGGCCCUGUUAUUUUUCUCGGUCCUCGUCCCUCCUCCCCUUCCUGGGUUUGGGGUCGUGGCGGAGCGCUGGAGCAGGACUAGCCCGUUCCGAGCGCGCCCCUCGGAGACUGGGGUCCCGUCUGUUCCCGGGCCUGGACGCGGCUGAAGGAGGGGUGCGGGGGCAAUAAAUGGCACUAUCUGAUUGUC